AUGCAGCUCUCUCUUGCCCUGUGUCUCGUCUGCCUGUUGGUGCAUGCAGCCUUCCGCGUGGUGGAGGGCCAGGGGUGGCAGGCCUUCAAGAAUGAUGCCACGGAAAUCAUCCCUGAGCUGGGCGAGUACCCCGAGCCUCUGCCAGAGCUGAACAACAAGACCAUGAACCGGGCGGAGAACGGAGGGAGACCUCCCCACCAUCCCUUUGAGACCAAAGACGCCUCGGAGUACAGCUGCCGGGAGCUGCACUUCACCCGCUACGUGACCGACGGGCCGUGCCGCAGCGCCAAGCCGGUCACCGAGCUGGUGUGCUCCGGCCAGUGCGGCCCGGCGCGCCUGCUGCCCAACGCCAUCGGCCGCGGCAAGUGGUGGCGCCCGAGCGGGCCCGACUUCCGCUGCAUCCCCGACCGCUACCGCGCGCAGCGGGUGCAGCUGUUGUGUCCAGGCGGCGCGGCGCCGCGCGCGCGCAAGGUGCGCCUGGUGGCCUCGUGCAAGUGCAAGCGCCUCACUCGCUUCCACAACCAGUCCGAGCUCAAGGACUUCGGGCCCGAGGCCGCGCGGCCGCAGACGGGCCGGAAGCUGCGGCCCCGCGCCCGGGGCACCAAAGCCAACCGGGCGGAGCUGGAGAACGCCUAUUAG